UUCCAGGCUCAUACUGGUUAAAACAGAGCAGGCAUUGAAGGAACUCUUGGGGUUACUAGAAAGCACCACCAAAGCUGCUUUAUUUACAAUUCUGGGAAAACUGUUGAAAACCACAAACCACUGAAAUGCUGUUUUGGCACAGCCAACCAGAACAUUAUUGGCCAACACCAGCCGAACACUACCAAUGUGGUGGCAGCAGUAUUUUAAGGGAUACUGUGAACCUGCCCAUCUUCAAGCAGGAAGAGCAGAAUCUCUCUCCAGAGUCCGAGUUACGAUGCCCUGCUUUCCAAUACACACUUAUUGCUGCUACAUCACCAGCUGUCAAGUUGCAAGAAGAGUCUCUCACGUACUUAAAUCAAGGUCAGCCCUAUGAGAUUCGUUUGCUAAGCAACCAGAAGCUGAGAGACUCUAUGCAACUUCGAGGAAACUUGGUAAAAAGUGUAAUACGCGUGGUCUUCCAUGACAGGCGCCUGCAGUAUAGCGAGCACCAACAACUGGAGGGAUGGAAAUGGAGUAGGCCAGGAGACCGAAUCCUUGACAUCGACAUUCCACUUUCAGUUGGAAUUAUUGAGCCACGAAUGAAUUCCACAAUGCUAAAUACCAUUGAAUUUCUCUGGGAUCCAGCCAAAAGAACAUCUGUUUUUGUCCAGGUUCACUGCAUUAGCACAGAGUUCACACUCAGAAAGAAUGGAGGGGAGAAGGGUGUUCCAUUCCGAAUUCAGAUCGACACUUUCCAGCAGAACGAAGGAGGAGAAUACACAGAGCAUUUACAUUCCUCCAGCUGUCAGAUCAAAGUGUUUAAGCCCAAAGGAGCAGAUAGGAAACAGAAAACCGACAGAGAGAAAAUUGAAAAACGAUCACUGCAGGAGAGGGAGAAAUACCAGCCCUCCUACGAGACGACAAUCCUGACUGAGUGUGCCCCUUGGCCUGAUACCUCAUACAAUGGUUCCAGCCCUCCAAGCACACCAGGACUUUCAACUUCAGGCAACUCUUUUAAUCUGCCAACACCAGAAAGAGUUUGUUCAUCACCAACUCAUCUAUCAAAUGCUUCAGCCCAAACCUCAGGAGAGGCUCUUCAUGCUGCUUCAACAAUCCACGAAACACAGCAGUGGCUUUUGAAAAAUCGAUUUUCCAACUACUGCAGGAUGUUUUCUAAUUUCACAGCUGCUGACCUACUGAAACUCUCUCGGGAUGAUGUAAUUCAGAUCUGUGGACCAGCAGAUGGAAUAAGGCUCUUCAACGCACUCAAAUCUAGGUCUGUACGUCCACGGCUGACGGUGUACAUUUCUACAGGAUCACAACAUAAUAAAAGUGAAAGCAGUGAAGAAUCAGACAGUGUGGUCUAUCAAGAAAUGCACUUGGAAGAAUUAACAACAGCUGAGCUGAACCGUAAACUGGCACCUUUGUUCAGCCUUUCCCCCAACCAGAUUCACCAUACUUACCGGCAAGGCCCAACAGGAAUCCACAUUAUUGUUAAUGAUCUGAUGAUCCGGAAUUUGCUAGAUGAAUCGUGUUUCAUUGUAACUGCCAAAAAAGUAGAACACACAGAAGGCUAUCACUUGAUUCUGAGAUAAACAACUGGUGCGCGAACAUUAAAAGCUCAGUAUAGCUACUCUCUGUGGAACCGAAAGGAACACAGAAAGUCAGAAACCCAAACAUCUUGGAGUCUAGACUCUAUAUCUUAUCGCAGAAGCAAACUGCCGAAGGAAAAUGCAAAAGAAAAUGCACUCCGCUGAUGCUAUGGAAAGUCGUGCUUUGCUCUGAAUUCAGGUACUCACAGAGGACUUCCACUCCAAAUAUUUUAAGGAAAAAUACUACUAUUUUGGACUUCUCAUAAAUGUGUAAAUUAUUAAUGUUUUAUUUUAAAUAUCUUUAAUAUAUGUAUUCAUAAGCAAAAUUACAAAGGAAAAUGUAAAAGAAACUUGGAAGAAAAUGCAUUCUUCUGAUGAGAUGGAAAGUCUUUCCUAAUUUGCAUUCUUGUUGUCACAAAACACUUUAUUUCCAUAUAUUUCAGGUAAAAUACACAUUCUGGCUCACUGGUGAACAUAUAAAUUAUUUAAAAAUGUUUAAAUGUCCCAAUUAAUUAUGACUUUUGUAAACUUUUGACUACAUUUGACAUAACAACUGAAAUAUUUUGAAGCAUAAAAGCAAUGCUGCUAUGUUGAAUAUAUUGUGAACUGUACCACUGCCCUAAAUUUUUCUACAUAUCUAAUUUUAUUACAGUUUAAUAAAAAACAUUUUGUAUACUAAA